CGCGCCAAGAUGCCUGACAGGAGCUUCCGGCGGCGAGGCGAGCGGCGCGGCGGCGGCGGUAGGUGAGGGCGGCGCGGCGGCGGCGGCCGGCGGCAGCGUCCCGCAGCAGGGUGCGAGCUGUGACGGCUGGGCCCGGCCGAGGGCGCCGCGGAGGAGCUCGCCGCUGUGGAUGAGAGGCUCGCCGGAAGGGAGGCGGUUCCCGGAGCGGGCGGGCGGCCAUGGCCGCGGCGGCGGCUAAGCGCGAGGGGCCGCAGUUCAUCAGCGAGGCGGCGGUGCGCGGCAACGCGGCGGUGCUGGACUACUGCCGCACGUCGGUGUCGGCCCUCUCGGGCGCCACGGCCGGCAUCCUCGGCCUCACCGGCCUGCACGGCUUCGUCUUCUACUUCCUGGCCUCCGUGCUGCUCUCCGUGCUGCUCGUGCUCAAGGCCGGGCGGCGAUGGAACAAGUACUUCAAGUCCCGGCGGCCGCUCUUCACCGGGGGGCUCGUGGGGGGGCUCUUCACCUACGUCCUCUUCUGGACUUUCCUCUACGGCAUGGUCCACGUCUACUGAAGCAGCCGGGCGCCGUGUCAGCCGCCGGGCUUCCUUUCCCGGUGAAGCGGGAGGACUGUUGCCAGCAGGGUCGUCGACACCACUAGGCCAGCGUACCUUUUAAACCAUUGUUUGCUGCUUGUGUUGUUAAUACCGUCAGUAAAUUAUGCCUGAGUACAAAUGAAUCGGUAGCACUGUUCUGAUUAAAUGCAGGGUGAAACAUCACUUGGACGUCUCCUGUGAACGCGUGCGGUGGUUAAGGGAUGCCUUUUGCCUUUUGUUGCAGUUGCAUCUGUGGGUUUUGGUCACCUGAGCACCUUGUUGCCCCUGCAUUUUUAGGAUUAGAAAUGCCAGUCGUCUUCGCUUGUCAUUUUGCUGCUUGCUCCCGCUUACAAAGACUGGUAACACGUCACCCUAAAAAUAAUCCACUGACACAAGGAAGUAGUUCACAGUAGUAUGUAAUUAACUGUACAUAAAGAUUUGGUACAGAAGUAUAUUUGAGUCGCUAGUGCAAAUGUUAUCUUUCGUAGUUGCCACAUGUACGCUCUAUAAAUAAAUGCCAUUUUCAUGGGUA